UCAUUUUUUCAGAAAGCUGUCAUCAUGUACCUGUUGGUAGUGGUCAUCUCUCUUCUGCUGAGCUCUGGUCCUGUUCAGAGCCGUCCUGUUGAGGAUUUAAUUGAAAAAAUGUCCAAGAAGACUGGUGGUAACUUCACAAAGAAAGGUAAUUUGCUAGUCUCAUCUGUAAUCGAGACCAGCAAACAUGCAGGAGAGAACACAGAUGGGCCAGUAAUCCUGUUUGGAGACAUCGCCUUUCCCAGAGGUUUGCAGAAUGCAGAUCAAUGUACAGCUCGUGGCUGCAAAUGGGACAGAAGCAGAGAUGGAUUAGUCUAUGUGCCUUACCAGAUAUCUAGAGCGUACUCUCCACGGGAAGUAGCAGUGAUUGAACAAGGCUUGCAAUCCUUUUCGGCGGUUUCCUGCAUUCGUUUUGUGCCUCAUACUGGAGAGAGGAACUAUCUCAACAUAAAGUCUGAAUCUGGCUGCUAUUCAUAUUUAGGGCGGAUAGGUGGAGGUCAGGUCGUGUCUCUCCAGCGGCAAGGCUGUGUGUAUUUCAGCACCGUCCAGCACGAGCUCCUUCAUGCCCUCGGCUUCCACCAUGAGCAGAACCGCAGCGACCGAGACAAUCACAUCCGGAUCCUCUAUCAGAACAUCAUACCUGCGCAACAGUACAAUUUCAACAAACAAAACACCAACAAUCUGGGCACCCCCUAUGACUAUAACUCUGUGAUGCAGUAUUCAAGGUAUGCUUUCUCCAUGAACAAUCAGCCAACCAUGGUUCCCGUUCCUAAUGCAAAUGUUGUGUUGGGAGAAGCUCAAAGUAUGAGCCCCAAUGACAUCCUGCGCAUCAACAGACUAUACUGCAAUUGAGCAAACUGCUGCCAGGCCGUAAGGAGGACAUUUUGUGAUGUCAGUUCACAGUUCAUCUGUUUUUUUUUUCUAGCAUUCUUUUUUUUAGCAUCUUUUUUAGCACAUCUUUGUAUCUCAUGGUUUUACUUAAGUCAAGUGCUACAUCCUAAAAUCAGACACCUCUCAGUUUCCAACAAAUCAGAAAAAUUAGCAUAUAGUCUGAACUCUAAAAUUAUUUGCUACUAAAAUGCAACACUCCAGAUUGACUGCUUCUGUGACAGGAUUGUUGUAAGCUCUUUCCUUUGAUUUUUGUUCAUCUUUUUGCAGUUGUAACAUGGGUGCAUAAAUAAAACUGUGCUCUUAUGUCUUAUUAUUAUCAGUAGGUCAUGGAUUAAAAGCACUGUUAUGUUCACUGGUAUUAAGAAUUGUUACUGCACAGUGUUGACUGAUACUACAAAACAAAUAACUGUAAUGUUCUCAGUAAACAUUGCAAUACCACUAUUUUUUAUGACAUAAAACGAAAGCUUGCAUCAAUUAAA